GUGUCUCGUGAUUGUGUUGUUGACACCGCCCCUACAAGGCGGGCGGCACUGUCACAAGCCGACUGCGGCUCACUUCAGCUCCCAGCAAAAACAUCUCCACGGCGACACCAUGUACGAAAAAGAAAGCGUCUCCGAGGAGCGGCACCUCUGUGUUUUGCCACCGCCGACGGGUUGUCCCAGCGGUCUUCGGGUGUGCUAAGCGUCAAGCCCACCGGCCGAGCAGCGGCACGCUUAGCUCCAGGGACGUAGCCAAACAUGGCAUCGGCCGCCGAGCACGACCUGGCCCUUUCCGAGGCCGACAGCAGCAAGGAGAAAUCUCAGGUGUUCGGGAUUUUGAGGUUACAGGAGGAGAAAUCUACCGUCGGUGAGAAAUCUAUCCCCACCGUGAGGGGAGGAGGAGGAGACGGCCGGUGGCAGGCGCCCAUCUUCGCGUUAGCCAGGAAAGCCUCAGAAACCAUUUCAGGGAGCAUUCAUGUCCUGCCUAAAGUGUCGGAGAACAGAGCAUCCAUGGCUGGAGACUGGAGCGUUCAAGCUCUGCGGGAUCCCAUGGCCAUGGAGCGAGCCAACCUGCUCAACAUGGCCAAGCUGAGUAUUAAAGGCUUGAUCGAGUCGGCACUGAGCUUUGGAAGAACGCUGGACUCGGACUACCCGCCUUUGCAGCAGUUUUUCGUUGUCAUGGAACACUGCCUCAAACAUGGUCUUCGAGUGAAAAAGUCCUUUCUGGGAUUUAAUAAGUCUCUUUGGGGUCCUCUGGAGCUGGUGGAAAAACUGUGUCCGGAAGCAGGAGAGAUCUCAGCCUCUGUACGAGAUCUGCCGGGACUCAAAACUCCUUUAGGUCGGGCCAGGGCGUGGUUGCGACUGGCCCUUAUGCAGAAGCGGCUGGCCGACUAUCUGCGACUCCUCAUUACCAGAAAAGAUUUACUAUGUGAUUUCUAUGAGAAUUCAGCUCUAAUGCUGGAGGAGGAAGGCGCCGUGAUUGUGGGCCUGCUGGUCGGUCUGAACGUCAUUGAUGCCAACCUGUGUGUAAAAGGUGAAGACCUGGACACUCAGGUCGGGGUGAUUGACUUCUCCAUGUACUUAAAGAACGACAUUGAUGAUUACAGGAGCGAAGAGAGGAACAGCCAGAUAGCAUCCAUCUUGGAUCAGAAAAACUAUGUGGAGGAACUUAAUCGGCAACUAAAUUCUACAGUUCAUGGACUUCAGGGCAGAGUGGACUCUUUGGAAAAGUCCAACUCUAAACUCAUAGAGGAGUUAGCUAUAGCCAAAAACAACAUCAUUAAACUGCAGGAAGAGAACCAGCAACUCAGGAGUGAAAACAGCCUGAUUCUUCUGAAGGCACAGCAACAUUUAGAGGUGUCUCAAGGUGACGUGUCUGUGGAGAGAGACACGUACAAACAGUCUCGUCAAGGUUUGGAUGAGAUGUACAACGAGGCGCAAAGACAGCUGAAGGAGGAGUGUCAGCUCAGACAGGAUGUGGAGAAUGAGCUCGUGGUCCAGGUGUCAAUGAAGCAAGAAAUGGAGCUGGCCAUGAAACUUCUUGAGAAAGAUAUUCAUGAAAAACAGGACACGCUAAUCGGUCUCAGACAUCAACUGGAUGAAGUCAAAGCCAUCAAUGUAGAGAUGUACCAGAAAAUGCAGUCAUCUGAUGAUGAGAUGAAGAAGAAGAACAACAUGAUCAGUCGUCUUGAGGAGAAGACCAAUCAGAUCACUGCCACGAUGAAGCAGUUGGAGCAGAGAUUACAGGAGGCCGAGAGCCACCGCACCACGGCCGAGGAGGGCACCAGACGCUUCAAGGUGGACUUUGCCAACAAGGCCGACAGCCUGCAGCGGCAGAUCGACCACAGAGAGAAACAGCUACUUCAGCUGGAGACGGACCUGAAGAUCGAGCGGGAGUGGAGGCAAACGCUGCAGGACGAUCUCCACCGGGAGAGAGAAACAGUGGCUCAGCUUAGGACACAGGCGCUACAGAUCAACGGCCUCAAGAUGGAGUUCCACCGACUCCAGGACGAAAACUUCCAGCUGAAGAGCAUCUGUGAAGACCAAGAACAAGCUCUUGAGGAACUUGGCUCCAAACUUAGCGAAUCCAAAAUGAAGAUUGAGGACAUCAAAGAAGCCAACAAAGCACUUCAGGGCGGGCAGGUGUGGUUGAAAGACAAGGACGCGAGCCACUGCAAGCUGUGCGAGAAGGAGUUCUCCAUCUCUCGACGCAAACACCACUGUAGGAACUGCGGCGAGAUCUUCUGCAACAGCUGCUCGGACAACGAACUUCCCCUGCCUGCAUCUCCCAAACCGGUGCGGGUGUGCGACACCUGCCACGCUCUCCUCCUCCAGAGAUGCUCAUCCAAUCCUUCCUGAAAUGUUACAUCUGCCCCCAACUCACAGGACAACCUCCCAUCAUCCCUCUGCAAGGUCCAUCUCUUUAAUGCUGCUCCAUACUGAUUAUAUGCAUGCACAUUUGACAUUAUCUCACAGAGAUAUAAUGCAUUCAUUUUUAUUUUUUUUUAAUUAAGCACAUUGGUAUUUUUUCAUUAACAUCGUGACAGUAAGCUAAAAAUGACAAUUAGCCUAUUUAUAAAUUGUAUAUAUUAAAUUGUAAUUCACCAACUUUCCUGUUAGGUGGGGCAACUACACACCUAUGUAUCCACUUGUGUAUUACAAAUUCAUGUGAUGGGGUAGGUUGUGGUCAUCUGUGUUCAUGGAUGUGUACGUUUCCUCAACCUUUCUACUGGAUGUCGCUGCUGUUGUGCUGAAAUAUUAGACACUCAAUCAGUGCGCUUUAGCAAGCAUUCAGAACACGUCGAAGGCACUAAAAGAUGAUGGACUUCCCCAUCGAGGCUGUAAAAGGCACAUAACUUUACACUAAGAGAAAGCACUGAAGACUAAAUGACUGCACAAUGAUGUUAGUAUCAAAAUCAGAUUAGAGAAGUGCCGCUUUGUGUUUGAUAAAAUACAAUCAUGCUUGAACUCAAUUGAAGAUGUGCACUGAAGGAAAAAAACAAGUACAUAAAGUUUACUGUCAUUCCCCUCAAGGCUGCUGCUCAAUGUUCAGUGUUAGUCCCACUUGAGCUUCUGUAAAUACUCUUACGGCGCUGAUAUGAACCAAGUAUUUAUUAACACUUUUGAGGUUCAUUAUUGAAAACAGCCCGUUAUCAUUUUUUGCGGUUCAACAAGUGUUCGAUUUACGGCAUGUCACUGAAGGUUCGAGACAAACGCAGCAGAUGCUACUUCAAGCACCACCAGGUGUUGUUUUUCUUUUGGAAAUGUGUUCUGUUCACUUCACUGACUGCUUGAGGUUGCUGAGACAGACCUAUGCCAAUUACAGUAUGGCCUUGAAUUUUAUUUAAUUUAUUUACAUUUUUGCUACAUGAGUUUUAUUUUUGUUUUGUUGAAUGUCUGAGGCCAAUACAACUACAUUGACUGGUCCCAGGACAAAUAGAGCCGAACAGUCUAUUUCUAAUACCUUGUAGACUCUACAUGCUCAUCUGCACACCCUGGUUUUGUACUUAAUGAUGCCGACAAUUUGGAAGUUGUCAUUUUUUUCUAAUUUAUUCCAGUGUUAAAGAAUAACACUUCAUAGGUAGUAAAAUCUUUUUUCUAAUUAGCACCUGGGCCUCAUUUUGUAUAGUGUUGCUCUUAGACAAUCCUCGGUACUCGAGGAUGUGUACAGUUUUUGUUAUUGUUUAUAUUGUUAAUCAAAGUGAACUUUAUAAUCACAUUGUUCAUGAUUGCCAACAGUAUGCUGCGUUGACGAAGCAGUUUUGAUUAAAUCUGAUCCUGCCAUGGA